AUGUUGGAGGAGAAGCAGCGACAGAAACGACAGCAGUCGGCGGGCGUCCGCGCCCACUCGGUCCUCUCUUCCUUCAACAGCCAGAAGAACAUCGUACCGUACGUUCUCCCCUUCGGAAAUGAAUCCCGUCAUAAAGAGCGCCUUCCUUCGUUUUUUUGGCCUCUUUCUUCCCGUCGACGAACGUGCGAAUCGGCCGAUCUAAAUCGAGACGGGAAGAGUGCGGGCAAAACAUAAAAAAAGACCCUUUUCGAUGAUAUUGAGAGAUUCGGAAAGUUCUUGGAAAAUUCUCGAAAAAUAAAUACAUUUUGAACCAGAGCAAGCUUGAAAAGUCUAUUUCUUUAAUUUUUUUCAAAUUUUGAAAAGUUUUCUUUCAGGGCUUCCUUUGACGCCUCGCUCACCAUCCCUCACGGGGAUGGUGAGCGAGGCGUCAAAGGCCUCACCACAUUAGGAAUGCCGUGAAGUCUCAAAAAAAAGGUUAAAAAGGAAAUUCCUUUUCAAAUGUUCCUACCUAAAUAAAAACGGACACUCAUUCAGGUACACCCCAGAAACGUCGGUGAGUUACGACACCACUUUGACCUCCCUCGACGUCGAGUCGGAAGCCGUCACCCCUACAGUGGUCACUGUACAGGCCCCAGUUCAGGCCAAGACUCCCCCGAAGAAAAAGGAGAUACCGUAAGAUUUUCGAAUUUUCGAGAAACACGAAAAGUCGUGGUCGCAUUUGAAAUGGCUCACAAGAAAAAGUCAUUUUUGAAAGUUUUUUUUUUGAAUUUUUUCGAAUAUUGGUCAGGAUUUUUUUUGAGAAGAGUGAAAGACAGACAGAGGACCUGAAAAUUUCAUAUUUCAAAAAAAAAAAUCGUUGAAGAAGAUCAGAAAAUGGCCGUUUUUCAAUGAUUUUUGAGAAUUUUUUUUCUGACUUCAAGAUUUUUGGAAGUUAGGGUUUUCUUGAAAUUUGUCUGACAAGGUAUAUUCUGAAAUUCGCCAAUUUCCCGAAAAUUUUGAAGCAAAAGCUAGAAUGACCUUCCCUGUGAGAGAAUUGACCUAGGGAUGUUGCAAAAUAUCUUCGCGCGCAAGUAGUUUUGGGUCGGACGCGUCUUCUUCAAUAUUUCUCGAAUUUCAAGCUUUCUCUUACAGCGAAAGCAGCUCGGCAAACGACAUCAGUGAAAAACUGCAGAAAGCGGAUCUCAGCCAGUGUGUGGCUAGUGAUGAAGAGGAAGGAGGUAUAAAAAGUCAAGUUUUAAAGGAAGUUCAUUUUGAAGCGGUCGACCCGUGGAAGGAAGACAUCGAGGAGCACACUUUGCCUUGCGAAGCGCAGCCGGACAUUCACGAAGCCAACACCAACCUCAUCAAGUUCGUUAUGGACUCAAUUUUCGGUUCCUGA